CAGGGAAACAAUUCCUUCUCCCUUCGGUCUCCCUCAUGCUCUCAGUGUGAGAGUCAACUGAUGAAAAUUUUUUAUAAAUACCUCAGUUGAAGUAGCCGUUUUAUAUUUGACACUUCUACUGUAAUAAGUCUAAUCGAAUCUGUUGUAACUAUGACUAAUGAAGAAGUUAAAGGGGCGCAGGAGGAGGAGCAGCAGGCCCAGUCGAAGAAAGCCCUGAAGAAGCAGCAGAAGGAGGUGGAGAAGGCGGCGAAGAAGGCCGAGAAGCAGGCCAAGCUGGCCGCAGAGCAGCAAAGUACUGAUGAAGAGGAUUUUGCCAAGGACCGGUAUGGGGUUCCACCGAUGGUCCAGUCCCAGCAGAAACUGGACAGGACGCUGGUCCGUGUCCAGGACCUGACACCAGAAAAGGCUGGCCAGCCCGUCUGGGUGCGUGCCAGAGUUCACACCAGCCGAGCUAAAGGAAAGCAGUGCUUCUUGGUCCUGCGUCAGCAGCAGUUUAACGUGCAGGCCCUGGUCGCGGUGGGCGACCGUGCGAGCAAGCAGAUGGUCAAGUUUGCCGCCAACAUCACCAAGGAGAGCAUUGUGGACGUGGAGGGCGUGGUCAGGAAGGUGGACCAGAAGAUUGAGAGCUGCUCCCAGCAGGAUGUGGAGCUGCACAUUGAGCAGAUUUUCGUGAUCAGCCAGGCGGAGCCCCGCCUCCCUCUGCAGCUGGAGGAUGCCGUGCGCCCUGAGGGAGAGGGCGAUGAGGAAGGAAGAGCCACUGUUAAUCAGGACACCAAGCUGGACAACAGAGUGAUAGAUCUCAGGACAACAACCAGCCAGGCCAUCUUCCGUCUGCAGUCCGGAGUGUGCCAGCUCUUCAGAGACACUCUCACCAACAAGGGCUUUGUGGAGAUCCAGACUCCCAAGAUCAUCUCCGCUGCCAGCGAAGGGGGAGCCAACGUCUUCACCGUCUCCUACUUCAAAACCAGCGCCUACCUGGCCCAGUCCCCACAACUGUACAAGCAGAUGUGCAUCUGUGCCGACUUUGACAAGGUGUUCUGUGUGGGUCCAGUGUUCAGAGCAGAAGACUCCAACACACACCGGCACCUGACAGAGUUCGUGGGCCUGGAUAUUGAGAUGGCUUUCAAUUACCACUACCACGAGGUGAUUGAGUCCAUCACUGACACCAUGGUCCAGAUCUUCAAAGGACUGAGAGACAGGUUCCAGACGGAGAUCCAGACAGUGAAUAAGCAGUACCCCAGCGAGCCCUUCAAGUUCCUGGAGCCCACGUUGCGUCUGGAGUACCGCGAGGCCGUGGCCAUGCUGAGGGAGGCGGGGGUGGAGAUGGGCGACGAGGAGGACCUCAGCACUCCCAGUGAAAAGCUCCUUGGUCGUCUUGUCAAAGAAAAGUAUGACACUGACUUCUAUGUGCUGGACAAGUACCCGCUGGCGGUGAGGCCCUUCUACACCAUGCCUGACCCCAACAACCCUAAAUACUCCAACUCUUACGACAUGUUCAUGAGAGGAGAGGAGAUCCUGUCUGGCGCUCAGAGAGUCCACGACGCCCAGCUGCUGACGGAGAGAGCCUUGCACCACAGCAUCGACCUAGAGAAGAUCAAGGCUUACAUCGACUCCUUCCGCUACGGAGCUCCCCCUCAUGCUGGUGGAGGCAUCGGACUGGAGCGAGUUACCAUGCUGUAUCUGGGGCUUCAUAACGUUCGCCAAACGUCCAUGUUCCCUCGCGACCCCAAACGCCUGACCCCCUGAGCACCCCCCCCCCCAAGAGUCUCACCAGGACGGGACAGCUGACAGACGCUGCCUGGAAAAUCAUGGUCACUCUCAAAAAAACCAACAUUCAGUUGAGACAGCCCAAGUGCCACAACCAUUCACAACAAUUAAUCCGUCUAAUCUUUAUAGGUCUUAUACAGAUCGUAGCAGUCAGUCUGUAGGAAGUUGAUACGAGAAGUAAUAUAUUAAUGAAGGCUUACAAUUAACAAAUUCUGUAACAGUGGAAAUGAAACUCAAAACUAAGAAGGGCCAUAUUGCGUUGUGAUGCAAACCUGUGAGUUAAUGAACGUUUGUUGAUUGUAACUAACACGUUCACCUGUUUUUCAUCCACUUGGUUACUUGUAUCACACUACAGGAAUUGUACUAAUGACACCUUAGCAAUAGGUAUAAAUAUUUUUUAAUGAUU